CGCACAAACAUCGUUUAUCGUGUCCCAUACAUGUGUAUGCUAAUCAUGGUCUUCGUGUGUCUUAUGCCGCGAAUCCGUCACGCCAAGACAAAGCGAUCCCAGACGCGCCAUGCCACACAUGAGUGGCUCCGCAGCCCAGACAUGAUGGAGAGACAGGCCCAACCGCCUGGCUGUCGAUUUGGUCUGUCAUCUCCCCCAUGACACAGCCGCAGUGACACUGAGAGGGCAACCACAACAGAUGGAAACAUGGGUGAUUCAGCAAAGCAGCCAGUGAGUGCAUGUAUAUAUACACAGCCAGGCGUAUACACAAUAGAGAUAAGAACCGAUUUCUCGCACUGCACCCCCAGGUAAGGUACCCACACAGCUCUCCGUGUCCGUAUACCGCUAAACCGCUGCCUGUCGUGUUGCGCCUCCAACAGUGCCUGUCAUGUCUCCGCCCAGACUCAGCCGAGCCGCACAGAACACCUAGAGAGCAGCCCACGGCGACUGACUACAAGAAAUGAAUGCAUGGGGCUGUCCUGUCACAACCACACACACGUCAAACCAGCCGGCACAUACAUACAUACAUAUAGGAUCAGUGAGUGUAUGUAUGUAUAUGUAUGCACAUGGCCCCCGGAGCCGAAUGGGCAUCAGGUCCGAAAAUGGACUCAAUACACACAUUGGGAGCUGGGCACGGUACGGCAGGCAGCCGACAAGCGCACAAAGUCGGAAUCUAGCCUUCGGCAAUCCAUCAGCUGGCUACUGACCGGCAGGUAUCCUCCCUCCCUCCGUCACUGGAGUGGACAGUCUCGUGGGUUAAAUCGCUCGCCUCUGGAGCGGCCCCCGCCACCGCCGCCCAUCUCUUCGUCGUCGUCGUCAUCAUCAUAAUCGUCGUCGUCCUCGUCGCCGCCACACGGGCAGGGGAAACCGCUGAGGCCCUGAUGGACCAUCGUUGAUACACACACGUAUAGUAAGGAGGGAAAGGUUGUGGUGAAAGGUGGGGCAGCCUCACUCACCGUGAAGUAGUGGUUACCGCAGUGUUCACAGUGGGCGUUGCGAUAGUCCCCGAUGCACUGGCCUGAUUGUGCACACACAUAGCAGCCACGUAGGUGGUGGUAUGGAGGGUGUUCUCCUACCCACCUACCGUAGCCAGGACAUUGGGAGCAGUGGUGGUGGAACUUGCCGCAAUCGACCUCGGGACUGCACGCCCAGAUCCACACCCACCCCAGACACAUGUCCAUCCAUCAUCCAUCAUUCCUUCGUACACUCACUUGCCGAGGCACAGCCGUGUGACGUAUGCGCGCCAGUGGCAGUCCUCCCGCGGGCACACAACACCACCGCCCUCACUGCCGUCCUGAUUGAUUGAUGACACAAACGCACACACGCACAUACAUCCAUGUGGGCAUGAAGCUGGCGACGCUGCCCAUGUCAUGUGUAGGAUGGACCUUCGCACGUAUGUACCUCAUAGUCCCAACCUACGUUGCCCUGGUCGAGCUGCACACAGACGCAUCGAUGCCCACAAAAACACGUAUGGGUUGUGUCAUCCAUCCCUACGCCCUGGUCCAUGCCUACCAUACCAGGUCACGCAUCGUGACACUGAUGCGCUUGUUGCAGUCCUCGCACCUGGUCUUCAAGACGAUCACCCUGCAGUGCACACAUACAUGCCAUGCGUGCCCAUGCCCAGACCAUCCAUACAACACAUCUUAUUCCCCCAUGGAGCCAGAGAAGAAAAGUAGGGUGACGUACGAUAGCGGGUCCUCCUUUGAGAAAUCGGGCUCCAGAAACCGCUGCGCAAUGGCCGCCUUCAGGCACCUGCAUGAGACAGAAGACGGAUCCAGACAGACAGACAGACACAGACCGAAUGAAGAAUGGCAUGCUUCGCCCGAUGCAUUCAUUCAUUGAUGGUUGCUUACAUGUUGACCUCCUUUGGAUCUUCAACGCCGCACCUCCUGAGGAUCUCAUUCACCCUCCUCCUCUGCUCCUUCAGCCCCCUGUUGGUGAAGUUGCCCUCGUCAGCCCCAUCAUCCUCAUCCUCAUCCGCACCUCCUGCAGUCCUACUGCGACGACUCGCCAUCCCAAAACAGGUCAAAA